UGGCAGCUCAGCUUGCUGGAGGUACGCAACUCCUCCCUGCGCCGCCGUGCCGUCCUCCUGGGCUGCGAGCCCAGCAAGGUGGGCAACGAGCGCUGCGACCCCGAGUGCGAGCAUCCUCUGACGGGCUACGAUGGCGGGGACUACUGCUUCUCCUGGAAGCGACGCGAUGGCGUCUGCCACAUGGAGUGCAACAAUAUGUUGGACGACUUUGACGACGGUGACUGCUGCGAUCCACGAGCCACUGACGUGGCCAGGACCUGCUUUGACCCCGACUCGCCUCAGCGGGCGUACAUGAGCGUGAAGGAGCUGAAGGAGGCACUGCAGCUGAACAGCACCCACUUCCUCAACGUCUACUUCGCCAGUUCAGUGAGGGAAGAGUUGGCUGGUGCUGCCACUUGGCCAUGGGAUAAAGAGGCCCUUACUCACUUGGGUGGAGUUGUCCUCAACCCUGCUUAUUAUGGUAUGCACGGCCACACGAACACCAUGAUCCAUGAAGUGGGACAUGUCCUGGGACUGUACCAUGUCUUUAAGGGAGUGAGCGAGCGGGAAUCUUGUGACGAUCCCUGCAGGGAGACAACUCCGUCUAUGGAGACGGGAGACCUCUGUGCCGACACUGCCCCCACCCCAAAGAGUAAACUCUGUCGGGAUCCAGACCCUACCAAUGACACCUGCGGCCAGAUGCAUUUCACAGGAACACCCUUCAACAACUACAUGAGUUACACAGAUGAUGACUGCACCAACACCUUUACCCCCAACCAAGUGGCUCGGAUGCAUUGCUACCUGGACCUGGUGUACCAGCGCUGGGGCCAGAGCAAGAAGCCCGCACCCAUCCCGAUCCCUCCCAUGGUCACGGGGCAGACGCAGAACUCCCUCAGCAUCUACUGGCUGCCUCCCAUCAGCAAUGUCAUCCACGAAAGGGAGCAGGACACGAUCUGCGACAACUGUGCGGAGGAUGGCACCUUCCGUCAGUAUGUGCACGAGGCCUCUUCCCCCCGGGUCUGCGAUUCCUCCGGCUACUGGACCCCAGAAGAAGCAGAAGGGCCCCCGGACGUGGAUCAGCCCUGUGAGCCCAGCCUGCAGGCCUGGAGUCCGGAGCUCCACCUAUACCACAUGAACAUGACGGUGCCGUGCCCCCAGCCGGAUGGCUGCAUCCUGGAGCUGCGCUUCCUGCACCCCGUCUACCCCGAUUCCCUCACCCUCUGGACCACAUACCUCUCCACGGGCUCUCCCAAGGCACUGUCUGACAUUGAAGUCCUGACAGAGCAGGGGGAGUCCAUUCAUCUGGGCCCCCUGGACACCUUCUGUGAUGUCCCCUUUACCGUGAAGCUCAACAUCCCUAAAAAGGUGUCCGGAGUCAAAAUCUACACCUUUGAUGAGAGGAUGGAGAUAGACACGGCCCUGCUGACCUCCAUGCCCCACAGCUCGCUCUGCUCUGCCUGCAAGCUGAUCCAGUACCGAGUCCUCCGCAACCCCCCAUUUGCAAACGGAUCCCCCACCAUCCCGGCACAGGCACACCGCCAGUUCGUCGACACGGAAGUCAUGCCUGGGCAGGUGUACCACUACCAGGUGCAGGCAGUCUCUGGGACAACCUCAGGAGAAGCCUCCCCACCACUCGUCCAUGUCCAUGGAGCACCCUACUGUGGGGAUGGGAAGGUGACCACGAGCCUGGAGGAGGAAUGCGAUGAUGGGAACUUGCUGGAUGGAGAUGGCUGUUCCAGGAGGUGUAAAAAGGAAAAAGGCUUCAACUGUGUCGGGGAACCAAGCCUGUGCUACGUGCACAAUGGAGACGGGGUAUGUGAGCCAUUCGAGAAGACAAGCAGUGUCCUGGAUUGUGGCCCAAAAAAAUACAUGGAUCUGUGGGCAGCAAAAGCCUACGCCUCCCAUGAGGAUGCAAAGUCAUGCCCUGCUUCCUUGGCCACUGGAGAGCCUGUUGUGAAGAUGUGUAAAUCCCACCUUCACGAUGUGCCAAAGGAACUUUCCCUGGUUGCUUGGUUCCCCUGCACUCCCAACCCAGACAAUGCUCAGGAUCCAGAUGAGGAGAGGACGCCUCUGGGUGAUGAGGGAGUUUGGCUCAAGGUGUGCUUUGAGAGACCUGCAGUGCCCACCUCCCUCCUGGUCUUCCUGGCCUCUGACGGCAUCAUCCCAAGCAAGCAGCGCAAGCCGAGGGUCACUGUCCAGCUGAGCGAUGUAGAUGGACUGACCCGUCUCUCAGGGAUGUACGAACUGUCAUGCCAGCACAACCCCCUUGUCAUCAACGUGACCCAUGGCCAGGAGGACUCAUCCCACCGGGCUGCUUCGGUGCUGCUCAACUUCUCCUCCCCACUCGUGGGCAUCGCAGCCGUGGCCUUGCGGACCUCAGCUCAGUCUGGCUCCUCUGAUACCACUACCUGCCUCCUGCAACACCAGGAGGAGCGUGACCAUCAGCGCUACAGCUGUAUCCACGGUGCCUGUGCAGGAUCGGGAAGUUGCACGCGGCCGCUGCUUGCUCACGCUGCCACCCUCAACUGUACCUCCGAUGGCCCGAGGCACAUGGCGUGCACUGUCACCUGCGAAAAGGGUUUCAUCCUCCGCUCCAGCAAUGGGAAGAGCCUGGGCUCCAUGCAGCAGGAGGUGGUGCUGAUGUGCAGCUCGGGACGGUGGGACAGAUCUGUGACUUGUGACCCUGUUGACUGCGGUGUCCCUGACCAGUCCCACGUGUACUACGCCAAGUUCUCCUGCCCCACGGGGACCACCUACCUGCAGAGAUGCUCCUUCUCCUGCAUCCACCCAGCCAAGGUUCAAGGAACAAACCAGUGGCUGACCUGCCUGGAGGAUGGUCUCUGGUCGCUCCCCGAAGCCUACUGUAAGUUGGAGUGCGACGUGCCUCCCACGGUGGCCAACGCCAAGCUCCUGGUCCCACGGUGCCUGCAAGGGAAUCACGAUGUGGGCUCAGUCUGUCGCUACAAGUGCAAGCCUGGAUAUCAUGUGGCUGAGAACGCAGUGGGCAAGCCAAAGAACUUGAGCAAGGAGGAGAGGUGA